CGUUGUUUGAGGAAACAUAUCACGCUGUUAAAACCGUAAAACACGCUAACUUUAGUGAGUGAAUUUGUUUUAUUUUGGUUUUAUUUUAAGCUUUUUUUUCGGGGGGGAAACAGAGAAAGUGCUCAGCAUGCUCUCUGAGUGUGUUUUUGUUAUUUUUUUAGCAUCAUGUUGCAUCGUUGAGUCCGAAACAAGAAAUGUACUUCUAAUAAUUGCUGAUGAUGCAGGUUUUGAGACAGAGGUUUAUAACAACUCUGUGGUACACACACCCCACCUCUGCUCUCUGGCUCAGCGCAGCGUGGUCUUCAAGAACGCCUUCACAUCUGUCAGCAGCUGCUCACCCAGCCGCUCCACCAUCCUCACUGGCCUGCCACAGCAUCAGAAUGGCAUUUAUGGACUUCAUCAAGGCGUCCACCACUUUAACUCUUUUGAUGAAGUACAAAGUCUGCCACUGCUCCUCAGACAGGCAAACGUGCACACAGGUAUAAUUGGAAAGAAGCACGUCGGCCCUGGAUCUGUUUACCCCUUUGACUUUGCCUACACAGAGGAAAACAGCUCCGUCCUCCAGGUGGGGAGGAACAUCACCCGCAUCAAACUCCUGGUCCGCAAGUUUUUCCAGACCCAUAAAGAGGAAGCCUUUCAACAAAGGAAGGAGAAAGAAGCAGAAAAAAGUUACGGGGGGACUGUAAAGGAUGAAGAGAGGCCAUUUUUCCUUUAUGUUGCCUUCCAUGAUACGCACCGAUGUGGACACUCGCAGCCCCAAUAUGGAGCUUUCUGUGAGAAGUUUGGGAAUGGUGAAAUGGGGAUGGGUAGAAUCCCGGACUGGACACCACAAUAUUACACUCCAGAACAAGUAAAGGUUCCUCCUUUUGUGCCGGAUACACCUGCGUCACGAGCUGACUUGGCUGCACAGUACACCACAGUGAGCAGGCUGGAUCAGGGUAUCGGUUUAGUUCUUCAGGAGCUCAGAGAAGCCGGUUAUGAAAACGACACUCUGAUCAUCUACAGCUCAGACAACGGCAUCCCCUUCCCAAAUGGUAGAACCAACCUGUAUCACUCUGGGACAGCAGAGCCAAUGCUGGUGUCCUCUCCGGAGCACAGGGAACGGUGGGGAGACACCAGUCAGGCCUAUGUCAGUCUGCUGGACAUCACUCCUACCAUCCUGGACUGGUUCUCUAUUCCUUACCCAUCCUACAGCCUAUUUGGAACCCCUCCCCCCCAGGUCCACCUCAGUGGCCGCUCCUUACUCCCUGCUCUGGUCACUGAGCCCAGCAACUGGUACACCGUCUACUCAAGCCAGUCUCUGCAUGAGGUCACCAUGUACUACCCGAUUCGUUCUGUUCACCAGGGGCCAUAUCACCUUCUGCACAACCUGCACUACCGUAUGCCCUUCCCAGUUGAUCAGGAUCUGUACGUUUCGCCCACCUUUCAGGACCUGCUGAAUCGCACCAGGCUAAGUCAGCCAACACACUGGUUCAAAAGCCUGGAGCAAUAUUACUACAGAGCUCGAUGGGAGCUGUACGACACCAGGACAGACCCACUGGAAACGAAGAACCUGGUGUCAGACCCAUCCUACAGCGGUGUGCUGGAGAGCCUGAGACAGGACCUGAAGAAGUGGCAGUGGGAGACCGGAGACCCCUGGGUCUGUGGUCCAGACUAUGUCCUGGAGGACAAACUGGAACCACACUGCAGACCACUUUACAAUGGACUCUGAUGGACCCUAAUGGUGCUUUCAUUCAUCUUUCUUGAUAUAUCUCUAUGAAUGAGGGCAUUUACCUUGUAAUAUACAAGAUGUCUAUUUGUAU